UCUCCUUCUUCUUCUCCCUCUCUCCGGCAGCCUCCGUUCUUCGCCAUUUUAAGAUGGGGCUGUCUUUUGCGAAGUUGUUCAGUCGGCUUUUUGCCAAGAAAGAGAUGCGAAUUCUUAUGGUGGGUCUUGAUGCCGCUGGUAAGACCACCAUCCUGUACAAGCUCAAGCUUGGAGAGAUUGUGACCACCAUUCCUACAAUUGGGUUUAAUGUGGAGACUGUUGAGUAUAAGAACAUCAGCUUCACCGUUUGGGAUGUUGGUGGUCAGGACAAGAUUCGACCCUUGUGGAGACACUACUUCCAAAAUACUCAAGGGCUUAUCUUUGUGGUUGAUAGCAAUGAUCGUGACCGUGUUGUUGAAGCUAGGGAUGAACUUCACCGAAUGUUGAAUGAGGAUGAGCUAAGGGAUGCUGUUUUGCUUGUUUUUGCAAACAAGCAAGAUCUCCCUAAUGCAAUGAAUGCUGCUGAGAUCACUGAUAAGCUUGGUCUUCACUCCCUUCGCCAACGCCACUGGUAUAUCCAGAGUACCUGUGCAACAUCUGGGGAGGGGCUCUACGAAGGACUUGACUGGCUCUCUAACAACAUUGCCAACAAGGGUUGAGGAAUGAAAGUCAAAUUACGAUGGCAUUUUGGGGAAGUGCCUUGUUAAUCAAAGCCCCCUUUUCUAUCCAUUGGGCGGUGAUGGAUUUUUAUUUUAACUGUUGCAAGAAUGUAUUCAGUUUGUGUUAGAUAUUAAUGUGUUAGAUUGAUGUUUUACCCUAUAUAUAUAGAUUGGAAAAUAACUGUUUAUUCAGAGUUUUCAUACGUUGCCAUUGUUGAGGCCUCACGAAAUGUGCUCUUCUGAUUCUGAUGUGUCCAUUCCUCCUCAUCAAGCGAUGAUUAAUGGUGGUUAUGUUGAUUCGCUAAGCAAGUUUUUCUCUCUGCAUUAAUGUUUCUUUCUAUAAAUUGUUCAUUAUACU